AAACUGGUCAGGUAUCCUAAUUACCAGCUCAAAUACAGACCAGGAUCAGAAUCUAGACAUGUUGUCCUGCUCAAAUACAGACCAGAAUCUAGACAUGUUGUCCUGCUCAAAUACAGACCAGGAUCAGAAUCUAGACAUGUUGUCCUGCUCAAAUACAGACCAGGAUCAGAAUCUAGACAUGUUGUCCUGCUCAGAUAAAGACCAGGAUCAGAAUCUAGACAUGUUGUCCUGCUCAGAUAAAGACCAGGAUCAGAAUCUAGACAUGUUGUCCUGCUCAGAUAAAGACCAGGAUCAGAAUCUAGACAUGUUGUCCUGCUCAAAUAAAGACCAGGAUCAGAAUCUAGACAUGUUGUCCUGCUCAAAUACAGACCAGGAUCAGAAUCUAGACAUGUUGUCCUGCUCAGAUAAAGACCAGGAUCAGAAUCUAGACAUGUUGUCCUGCUCAAAUAAAGACCAGGAUCAGAAUCUAGACAUGUUGUCCUGCUCAGAUAAAGACCAGGAUCAGAAUCUAGACAUGUUGUCCUGCUCAAAUAAAGACCAGGAUCAGAAUCUGGACAUGUUGUCCUGCUCAAAUAAAGACCAGGAUCAGAAUCUGGACAUGUUGUCCUGCUCAGAUAAAGACCAGGAUCAGAAUCUAGACAUGUUGUCCUGCUCAAAUAAAGACCAGGAUCAGAAUCUGGACAUGUUGUCCUGCUCAAAUAAAGACCAGGAUCAGAAUCUGGACAUGUUGUCCUGCUCAAAUAAAGACCAGGAUCAGAAUCUGGACAUGUUGUCCUGCUCAGAUAAAGACCAGGAUCAGAAUCUAGACAUGUUGUCCUGCUCAAAUAAAGACCAGGAUCAGAAUCUGGACAUGUUGUCCUGCUCAGAUAAAGACCAGGAUCAGAAUCUAGACAUGUUGUCCUGCUCAAAUAAAGACCAGGAUCAGAAUCUAGACAUGUUGUCCUGCUCUUGUGCCACACUAAGACGAGUCCUGUCAAUAUCAGUUAUUCAAUAGAGACUCAUAUAGUUCCUGUCAAUAGCAGAUAUUCAAUAGACUCAUUUAGGUCCUGUCAAUAUAACAUUGUACUAAUUCAAUAACGUUGUGAUUAUAUUGUUUUUGUGCAAGAUUUAAAAAACAA